UAUUUAGAGUUACCCUGAUAAGAUCUACGAAGGAUACUACCAGAGUCGGCAGCGUGAUCCACGCGUAGAGCGGGGUCGUAUCUAGGAGUGCAGAAUGACAACUGGACAGGUCUCCCACGCCUGUGCGGUCGCGGACCUGAGUGCGCACCGCGCAUGCAGCGCCUUUUGCGCAGCUUACACCGAGGAAAGCAGUCAGUCCUCUCGGUUACAGAGUACAUGGAGCCCUCCACCCCUGGAGGGUGCUUGACGGCAGCAGUCUUCAACUGCCCACUCCUCGUCAAAAUCACAAGUCCGACUGCAAUAGUCUAUUACAAAGCAUGCAAACCAGCGUAGCCAAUAGUUCUCGGGCGAUUCAAUCGGUACAAGAGGGCCGGUCUUUCCUCGCUUUCCUGAUGAUCUGCAAGUGUAUGCCAUUCGAGCAAGAUGCUCUUCUGAUGCAGCUGCGCUACGUCCAAAGGAUCUGCCACAUCCUAGCUGCGCAGCGCCAUACACCUCUUACGGACACUAGAUUACUCGCUAUUGGAGUCGCUAGUAGAUCCAUUGUCUGGUGCUAUUCGACCAACGACCUCAUUCUGCAUCUACACGGCUUUUUCACGCACCAUCCUGCUUUUGAAUGGCACCUGCGCGCGCUUGUAUCUACUCUGGUUUUCGCGUGUAACUGGCCCGGCGCGUACGCGAUACACAGGCUCCUGCGACUGGGAGGGGACAUCGGUGGACUAGGUUUCCCAAAAGUUCCUCAUGUCAAUUGUUCUGGCUGUGCUGCAGCCUGAGCAUGGAGAGGACAGACCAUGACUACGAAGGCAUAUUUCGCGACGUCGAUAGCAGGCGGAGAGCGUCGACGCCUUCACGCCUGCAGUGCAAUUUUUUUAUAGAUCCUGCGCACCCUCAA